GGAGGCGGGUGAGUGCGCGGGGUCCCUCAGCUGGGCGCGGGGCCUGGUGCGGGUGCCCCGAGGUGGGAGGGAGGGGAGGGGAGGGGAGGGGAGGGGAGGGGAGGGGAGGGGAGGGGGUGGCCCGGCCCGGGUUCCCCCGCGGUCCCCGAGUUUUCGUCCGUCAGCCCGUUCCGCCGGCGGCGGCGCACGGGGCACGGCAGGCCCGAGCGGCAAGUGCUGCUCCGUCUGAAAGCGGGUUCUGCCUUUCAGGUAACGUGCAGAGAAAUAAUAAUGGGUGAUAAAGCGUGUUGGUGGUGUUUAUAGGAAAGGGGUUGGAACAGGGCAUUCGUGCCAAACAUGGAGGAAGAAGAGGAAGACUACAUGUCUGAUUUAUUUGUUAAGCAGGAUGUAAGGCCAGGUUUGCCCAUGGUGAGGCGGGUGAAGGAAGCUAUUCAGAAAGAAGAAAAGCAAAAGGAAGCUAAUGAGAAGAACAGACAAAAGAGUAUAAAAGAAGAAGAAAAAGAGAGACGUGACUUGGUAUUGAAAAGUGCAUUGGGCAGUGAGAACAAGGGCUUUGCUUUGCUCCAGAAGAUGGGCUACAAGAGUGGCCAGGCCCUUGGCAAAAGCGGAGAAGGCAUUGUUGAACCUAUUCCUCUGAACAUAAAAACAGGCAGAAGUGGGAUUGGUCAUGAGGAAUUAAAAAAGAGAAAAGCUGAAGAAAAACUGGAAAACUAUAGACAAAAACUCCAUAUGAAAAAGCAAGCAAAUGAACAAGCUGCAGAUCAGUUCAGAAUAAGAUUUAAAAAUAAACAAGAAGAACGUAAGAUGGAAGGGGACCUCCGAAAAAGCCAGAGGGCCUGCCAGCAAUUAGACAUGCAAAAAGAUAUUGAUGUUCCCAAGGAGACUUGGUACUGGCUAGAACCCGAAGAGGAAGACAAAAACGAUGAGGAAGACAAGGAAGAUGAAUGCAAAAGCUCAGACUUAAGUGCUCUGAAGAUUUAUCUUCAAACUGCCCUGGAGACAGUGCUGCAGAUCAUGACUAACCCCCUUCUAAAGGAAAGAGCCCUAGAUAAGUAAAAUCACACGUGAUUGCUUGCAGAAGUAUGCUGCCCUGCUCUGCAGCUGAUGGGUGUGAAUGGUGAUAUGACCCUGACAAGCUUCUCAAUGGCAGCAAGGCAAAAGACCAAGGAAAAGACAUAACCCAAGUCUUGCUGUUGCUUCUGACGUGUACUGGUAUUUCAUCAGUUUUAAGAGACUUCCAGCUCUGGAUUUAAACACAGUCUGAAAGCUUUCUCAAAGGGCAUUUACAGAGUACGAGUUCUAAAUGGCUGGCCUUGAUCACCAGACUUCAAAAGCUCAAGUAUUUGAGAUGCAGAGUAUCUUCCUGAAGGGUCUCUUGAAAGCAUCUUUUUGAUUAUGGGUGCCUGCAAAAAGAAAUUAAAUGUCAAUAAAUUAUUUUUAACAAGUAAAUAAACUAAUUGAAACAAUGUAUUAAAAUCCC